AUGGUUCGAGGAGACGAUACUCGUCAUGCAAAUUCCACUCCUGAGGGCUAUCAGCCGCUCGCUAAUAGCUGGGUCGAACUUCCGGCUAUCGGCGAGCCACGUUCCGGGGACCCAUUGUUGUAUCCUCGUUCCCACUUGCUAAACGACGGGGACGUGUUUAUCUCUUCAGAAAUUCCGAACUAUAACACCAACAUCAAGGUAAACCCUUAUACCGGUGCUGUUGUUACGCUGGGGAGUCUCCCGGAUGACGGUUCUCCCGACACCAAAUCUUAUUGGAGUUAUCAUCUGCCAUCGGUUCUUUUACCAUUAGUGCCGCGGGACCGUUACCAGGCGCGCAUUCUGCUUUGCGGCAAAACGCCUUCCCAGUUGUAUGAUUUUACCCAUCAGAAUCUAGGAUGGCAAACUGUCCCUCGCGACUCCCAGAUGGACAAUGUCAGCCGCGCUCAUGCUUGUGCUACGCUUCUGCCAACAGGUCAUGUGCUUCUUACCGGAGGUGCCCAUCCAGAUGAUGACCAAAGGUCGACAGGGAACAAUCCAGAGCUCUAUCAUACGCCUUUGGAUCCUGUCAACAAAGCAUACAAUCCAGGAGUCGGCAACUGGGAAACACUUAACGACCCCGCCACCCUGUUGCGGAACUACCACUCCACGGCGCUUCUGAUGCCCGAUGGACGUGUAUGGACUGCGGGUGGGAACGGCCCGAAUCAGCCAGAAGGAGAAGCAACCACAAGCCAGAAGCAAAUUGAGAUUUAUCAUCCUCCAUAUCCGCAGGGGCCGCGACCAACCAUCUCAACCUGUCCUCAGUUCGUUGCCUUUGGCCAGCAAUUUACGUUGGGGGUGCCUUCAGCAGGUAACAUCCAAAACGUAGUCCUCAUGCGAUGUGGAUCAUCUACGCAUGCAUUCAACCCAGACCAGCGCUCCAUCUGGCUCGAGUUCACAAAGGCUACGGAUAUGUUGACCGCAACGGCUCCACCAAAUGGCAAUAUUGCCCCGCCAGGGAACUACAUGGUCUUUGUCAUUGACACCAGUGGCCGCCCGUGCGAGUACGCCAAGUUCAUUCGACUUGGCGAGUCUGUUUCCAUGUUCAACCAGUCGCAACAAAGUAUCCUGCACGAAGUCCAGGGCUUGCAUGACACCUUUUGA